AACCCCUUCCAUAUUUUCUCCAGUCUCCAUUUUAUUGUUCACUCAACAACCUCCAUACAACAACCAUCCCUUCUACUUAACUCUUUCAUUAUUCUCAAAUACACACUGAGUGCCAAAUACAGCACGCACAUUCCAAUACUACAUCUACAACAGCCUCUCUUAAAUAGACAAGAUGAUAUCUACAUUACGUCUUACCAGCAUGACAGGCUCUCUCGAUUCGCUUUGAUCACGCGUCUCGCGGAUAGGUCGACAUCUUCAACUCAUCCUCUGAUUUCAACACGCUUUAGCACCAUUCUACCUUGACAUAAACAUCAUCACUGCCGAUUCUCACCCGGCACGUUCUAAUUUACAAUUCUGACCAUACACGAGAGAUCUUGCCGGAAACACCGGAAUCAAUUGCAAGAUUCCGUUUCAUUUGCUGCAUACGUCACACAGGGCUAAGCGCGUUGGAAGAGAUGGGGAAGAUGAUAUCCGGAAAGCAUUCCCUUUGUGAAGGGGACCGUGCAUCCGCACAAGACCGCAAAACAAUGUCCCACAACGACGAAGAGAGACAUCAAUCACUUUACUUGAUCAACAUCGGAACGGAAUCUCCCGAGGUGGUGCUGCGAGAGGCGUACAUCUCUGCAAAGGACAUCGCCGUCGACCGACCCUUGGCUCUCACCGGCGCUCCACCGGUCAACUUUGCUAUGGUAGUCCCCGGCUUAUACCGUAGCGGCUACCCUCAGGCACCGGAUUAUUCGUUCAUGCGCACUCUUAAGCUUAAGACUAUCGUCACCCUAGUUGGCAAAGAGCUUCCCGAUGGUUACGAGCAGUUCAUCAAAGGCAAUCAUAUCAAGCACGAGAUUUUCGACAUGGCCGGUACUAAAAAGGCUGAUAUUCCGGCAAAGACCAUGCAAUCUAUCAUCGCGGUUGUCGGCAAUCGAAAGAACUAUCCCCUACUUGUUCACUGCAACCAAGGAAAGCACCGAACCGGGUGCGUUGUCGGCAUACUCCGCAAGGCCAGCGAAUGGGACACCACCAGCAUCAUUCGCGAGUACACCAAAUUUGCCGAGCCAAAGGUUAGAGAGACAGACGUGAAGUAUAUCACCAACUUCAGCGUGUCCGACCUGAGGAGCGUCAUGCCAAAACCAAGCCGUCUACCUCUCAUCCAGAACACUUUUUACGGUAUGGUGAUGCUGGCCUCUUUCACCGUAUCUGUCUGGAUGUACUCUACUAGAAUUUUACUACUUACUACGGCUUGAUUCGGAAUGGCAUUGCCAUCCUAUGACGGGGUGCUAUCGACAUCAAGGGCCACUACCUAAUUGAGGUUUACGUCUUGACAUAUUAUCUAGAUGGUAAUCGAAGGAAACUGGUCUUGAGGAGAUUUACAAUUCAGCAAGUCUAAUAGAUCUGGAGCACGGAGCACAGCAUAAAGCAUAUUCUGCGCAUCAACUGCAUUACAUUGCAUUAGAAAAGGGAGCAGAUUGAAGGGACGGGGGAAGUUACGUUGCAUAUGGCAUCAAGAACAAAAUUGGACCUAUUUCAAGUGGUGCACAGGAUAGGGGGGUUUCAUAAAGGGCGGUCGGUUUAGGGGACCAUUCAAGUGCUGAGGAGUCUCCCGGCGUUUAUUACGGAUCGGCUUCGAUGGACAAGUCCGUCGUAUCUUUCUCCUUUGUCUACAUCAAUUUCGACCAUUGACAAUCAUCAAGAAUCAGGGGAGCAGGCAGAGGAACGGUGGCAGAACUUAAUUCGAGAAGUUUGAAGAUUACAUUGUCUAGAGAAAUCAAAGUGAUGGAUUAGAGGAUCUUGGGAUAACUCAAUUCGACAAUUUGAUGAAGUCACUCACAAACU